CUCCAACCCCAGUCCUGUCCAUGUUUGCCCGUCGUCCGUGAUCGACUCGCUUCUCUUCAUCUUUCGAACAUCCCCUUCCCUCUGACAUCUCUCUCCCCGGUGCUUCUUCUUACCCUUCGCCGAGAGAGUUGUCUUUCCUCAGGAUUCAGAACGAGCGCGAACCAGUUCUGUUUUGCGCCGCGCCCGAACCGCCAACGACCCCUUUGCGCCCAGGUGUCUUUUCUUCGUUGUCUUGUUUUUUCCUAUCGCUGGCCGGCUGAACCGCGUCCUCCGGGCCCAUCUUCCCAGGCCGCCGACCACGAUGGAUUCCAACACGACCACCUUUACCUCGGUGUUGGCCAACGCCAAGCUGGGCAACGUCAACAUCCCCCCUCAGAUCGACUAUGUCAUCGAGACGGUCGCCAACGCCAGCGUCUGGACGAUUCUCUUCACCCUACUGGCGCUCGCUGUCGCAUACGACCAGAUCAGCUACAUCACCUCCAAGGGUUCCAUUGCCGGACCUACCUUCAAGAUGCCCUUCAUUGGUCCCUUUUUGGAGUCCGUGAAUCCCAAGUUCUCCGAGUACAAGGCCAAGUGGGCCAGCGGUCCUCUCAGCUGUGUUUCCGUUUUCCACAAGUUCGUUGUCAUCGCCUCGACUCGUGACAUGGCUCGCAAGGUCUUCAACUCGCCCGCCUACGUCAAACCUUGUGUUGUUGACGUCGCCCACAAGCUCCUCGGCCCAACCAACUGGGUUUUCCUUGACGGGAAGCCUCACGUCGAUUUCCGCAAGGGCCUUAACGGUCUAUUCACCCGCCAGGCCCUUGCCUCUUACCUGCCUGGUCAGGAGGCCGUGUACAAACAAUUCUUCAAGGAGUUCCUCCAGAUCACCAACGACGCGGGUGGAAAGCCCGUCCCCUACAUGCCUGCUUUCCGCGAUCUCAUGACCGCCGUCUCGUGCCGCACUUUCGUCGGCCACUACAUCUCGGACGAGGCCGUUCGCAAGAUCUCCGCCGACUAUUUCCUCAUCACCGAGGCUCUCGAGCUCGUCAACUUCCCCGUCAUCCUCCCCUUCACCAAGCCCUGGUACGGAAAGAAGGCCUCUGACAUGGUUAUCGGCGAAUUUGCCAAGUGCUCUGCCAAGAGCAAGGUUCGCAUGGCUGCUGGAGGGGACGUGACCUGCAUCAUGGACGCCUGGGUCAAGUCCAUUCUCGAAUCCAAGAAAUGGCGCGAGGCCGAGGCCAGCGGCUCGACUGAGGGUCUUCAGAAGCCUCACCCUCUCCUCCGCGAGUUUUCCGACUACGAAAUCGCCCAGACCGUCUUCACUUUCCUCUUCGCCUCGCAGGAUGCCACCAGCAGUGCCGCCACUUGGCUUUUCCAGACCAUGGCCCAGCGCCCUGACGUCCUCGACCGCGUUCGCGAGGAGAACAUUAAGGUCCGCAACGGAGACCGCCACGCCGAACUGAACAUGGACCAGCUGGAGUCCUUGACUUACACCCGUGCCGUCGUCCGCGAGCUGCUUCGCUACCGCCCUCCGGUCAUCAUGGUGCCUUACGUCGUUAAGAAGCCCUUCCCCAUUACCCCUGACUACACUGUUCCCAAGGGUGCCAUGGUUAUCCCCACUGUCUACCCUUCACUCCGUGAUCCCGAGAUCUACGACCGGCCCGACGAAUUCGACCCCGAGCGUUACUACACCGGCGAUGCCGAGGAGAAGGGCGCCAAGAACUUCCUCGUUUUCGGAACUGGCCCGCACUAUUGUAUCGGACAGACGUACGCUCAGCUGAACCUAGCCCUGAUGAUUGGCAAAGCAUCCGUCCUGCUGGACUGGGUCCACCAUCCCACGCCGAAGUCUGAGGAGAUCAAGGUGUUCGCGACCAUUUUCCCCAUGGACGACUGCCCUCUUACGUUCAAGGAGCGCGAGGCAUAGAUUUUUCAUAGCGCUUCUCUCGGACUAUGUGCUGGGAGUGGCUCUGCCCGAUAAGUAAGCGAGCCGAACCUGUUCUGUCGAUGCCGCAGGAUCGCUGCUAAAGCGGUCCCGGUUGAUGUCAGAUGCCGGCAGUAUUGGGGGGCUCGACGCAGUGUAUGACUCAGAGAACGCGAGUCGAGAUUGGUCGAAGCCAACCCUUAGACUAAAACUUGUAAUAAACGUUUGUGUACAUAAUAAAUCUAGAGACGUGGUCCUCGAAAGACGGGCAGCGGCCUGCACUACAAUUCGGGUUGUUCUCGGGGCCGCGAACCCCGAGAUGAGGAUAUUAAAUAGACGGCCAAUC